UGAAAUGUGUAAGCAGCUGAGGGAAACUCAGCAGGAAUUUCUGUCUCAGUGGUCUUGUUUCCUGCGCAACUCCCAUUGUUUGGAAUAUCGGCAAUUGUUCACCUUUCCUAUUGUGGCUGGGUAGCUGACUACUAAUUUUUCUCUAUGGCAUGUGCAGGAGAAACAUGGAACUUAUUCCAACGUGGAAAAUAACGUGGGUUUUAAAUCUCAUCGACAUCGCCCACUGCUGGCUUCUCCUUCUGCCUUGUUUGGGAUAGCAGCACUCAGCCACACAGAUUGUAGUGUAGCUUGCUAUCGCUACAGCUGUGUGACUAGGUAGCCUGUUUGCCAGAUAGCUUGGCGUAUUUCUCGUGGAAAUCAUUUUAAGAAACAUCUGAUUGCUCAUCUUUCCUUGGACGAAUAAAAAACGGAACAGGUUUUUAUUCAGGUUUCACUCGCAAGGUAGCUGGUUAGAUAGCUAACUAGCUAGCUGCCUAGUCCGUCAAUCUAGCUAGCUAGCGGGCUAGCAAGGUUGUGUCGGAAAAUGGAGGCGGUUAUUGAAAAAGAAUGCAGUGCGCUUGGAGGACUUUUUCAGACCAUAAUCGGGGAUAUGAAGAGCAGCUACCCCGUCUGGGAGGAUUUUAUCAGCAAGGCUGGAAAGCUGCAGUCCCAGCUCAGAGCGACCAUGGUUGCAGCUGCCGCCUUCCUGGAUGCCUUUCAGAAAGUCGCGGAUCUGGCGACCGGCGCCCGAGGCGGCACCAGAGACAUCGGCUCGGCCCUCACCAGGAUGUGCAUGCGUCACAGGAGCAUCGAGUCCAAGCUGAGGCAGUUCUCAAUGGCUUUCAUCGACUGCCUGAUCAACCCCCUGCAGGACCAGAUGGAGGACUGGAAGAGGGGGGCCAACACACUGGACAAGGACCACGCCAAAGAGUACAAGAAAGCACGGCAGGAGAUCAAGAAGAAGUCCUCCGACACGCUAAAGCUGCAGAAGAAGGCAAAGAAAGCAGAUGCUGUGGGGAGGGGGGACAUUCAGCCGCAGCUGGACAGCGCCAUGCAGGACGUGAGCGACAUGUACCUGCUGCUGGAGGAGACGGAGAAGCAGGCGGUGCGCAAGGCCCUCAUCGAGGAGAGGUCCCGCUUCUGCAGCUUUGUGUCCAUGCUCCGGCCGGUCGUGGAUGAGGAGGUGUCCAUGCUGGGGGAAGUCACUCACCUGCAGACCAUCGCUGAUGAUCUGAAGGCCCUCACCAUGGACCCCCAUAAGCUGCCGCCCGCCAGCGAGCAGGUUAUUCUUGAUCUGAAAAGCUCAGAGUGUACCUGGUCUUACCAGACCCCACCCUCCUCUCCCAGCACCACCAUGUCCAGGAAGUCCAGUAUGUGCAGCAGUCUGAACAGCGUAAACAGUAGCGACUCCCGGUCCAGCGGGUCGCACACUCACUCUCCCUCCUCACACUAUCGCUACCGCAGCUCCACCCUGCCCCAGCAGGCCCCCGCCCGCCUCUCCAGCGUCUCGUCCCACGACUCGGGCUUCAUCUCGCAGGACGCCUUCCAGUCCAAGUCCCCCUCGCCCAUGCCCCCCGAGGCUGUCCCUCAGGCCUCCUCCAGCUCGGCCUCCUCGGACGCCUCUGAGACCUGCCAGACCGUGAGCGAGUGCAGCUCCCCCACCUCCCCCACCUCAGUGGGCUCCGGCUGCACCAUGGCUGGGGCCUCUGUGGACAAGUUGACAAACGGUUACGAUCACUACGGACCGGCCGAUCCGCCCUAUCUGGUGGGAAUGGGCUCUCCGGAGCCUUUUUCCCACUUCCCUCCCCAUCCUUCCUCAUCCUGUUCAUCCUCCUCUCCCUCCCGGGCGUGGUCCCGGCCCAGCUGUGCCCCGCUUGCCGAUUACCCGCUCUAUUGCACCCUGGGGCCGGGCAUGAUCCCCUCCUCCAGAGUCCCCACCUGGAAGGAUUGGGCCAAGCCAGGGCCCUAUGACCAGCCCAUGGUGAAUACCUUGAGGAGGAACAAGGAGAAGCGUGAGAUGGUGGACUCCAACAGUACCGUCAUGCAGACCGAAGGGAGCACACCCACCGGGGAGGACCCCCAGAGGGCCAAAGGCAUGCCUAUAACUGCCAUGCCCAAGGCGGAGGAGGUGGCGGAGGCACACGAGGAGCUGGCCCUGGCGCUGGCCCGCGGGCUGCAGCUGGACACGCAGCGCUCCAGCCGUGACUCCCUGCAGUGCUCCAGCGGCUACAGCACCCAGACCACCACGCCCUGCUGCUCUGAGGACACCAUCCCCUCUCAGAUGUCCGACUACGACUACUUCUCAGUGGGCACGGACCCCGAGGUGGACCAGCAGGACUUUGACAAGUCCUCCACCAUCCCGCGCAACAGCGACAUCAGCCAGUCGUACCGCAAGAUGUUCCAGGCCAAGCGGCCCGCCUCCACGGCGGGAAUCCCGUCCACAGCGGGGCCAGUCAUGGUCACCCCGGGCGUGGCCACCAUCCGCCGCACGCCCUCCACCAAACCCAACAUGCGCCGAGGGGCGGGAGGGCCCAUCCCCAUCCGGACGCCCGUCAUCCCGGUGAAGACCCCCACCGUUCCCGAGCUCCCGGGGGGCUUCCCCUGCGGGCUGGGAGGCGGCGUGGAGGAGGGUGAGGAGCCGGCCAGCCCGGAGAGCCUGACGCCCGGGGAGCCGGUGGCCACCUGGAGCGGCCAGGCCUCCACCAACCCGCCCCUGGCCCCGCCCCAGCCCGAGGGGGCCGAGGAGGAGGAGGAGGAGGAGGACGGGCCUCUGCUGGAGGGGCCCGACCCCCUGGAGGCUCAGGGGCAGGACAUGCUCCUGACCAUCCGCCGGGGGGUCAGGCUCAAGAAGACCCUGACCAACGACCGGUCCGCCCCACGCAUCGCGUGAGGGGCUCCCCGCCGGGCCUCCAGCCCGACACCGCUCACGCGCAUCCGCCAGGGCUGCCUCUAUUCCAGCAUACGUGCCGCAGAAGAAAAAAAGAAUGGCUUCCUCUUUUUUUCUUUCUCUUUCCCCCGUUCAUCGCAGCUUUUUGUUUGAGAAAUACGCAGCGCUGGAGUUGGGAGAAGCGGGAGGGUAGAGGCAAGCCACCGUCGAUUUGAAACGAUCAAACUUUUUGCGUUUGCGUUCGUGUACAUACAUUUUAAAAGCGUUUUUAUGUUUGGUUGAUGUUGUUUUUCUCACUCCUCCUUCCUCCCUGGUCCGUACGCAGAGGUGCCAAAUGCUUUGAAGCUGUUGAAGACGACUGAAGUCAUGGACUGUCCUGAGAACAUUUAUUUUAACAGGGGUUUGUUGCAAAAUUUGGUGACUGCAGCGUACUCUCGCUACGUUAUGAACUGAUCGAUUCAUUAUCAUUUUAUUUUUUACUUUCCAAGUGUAUUCAGCGGGCAAGCUCGGUAGCAUCAAGUACUCUGCAUUAGAGAGUACUCAUUUCCCAGAGCUGAUGUCUCUAAGUUCAUGUGAGCAAUAUUAUUUGGUUACACAUUUUAUUUGAUAAUGUACACUUCCAGGACAAUUUAGAAUGAUGUUUAAAUAUAGAAAUUAAUCUGGGUCUAAAAGCUAAUAUCCUGUUAAGUAAUAGGAAGGUACAUAAAUACAUGCAGAGUAUGUUAAAAAGAGAAAAAUGCCAUAUAUGGAUUAUGGUACAGUAUGUUAUUAUUUUAAGAGUUUCUGCUUCUUUUAUGGAUUUUACUUCAUAGUUCCAUAAACAAUGGACUGCAGGUCCUGCUGCAGCAGUAUUUCUAAGUUGAUUUUAAACCCCUCGUGCUUGGGAAAAAAAAACGCUGUGUAUCUGUCAUAUCCUUCUAGUGAACAGGAUAUCUAACUUAUGACAAAGCAAUUUAUGUGUAGACGAGUAUAUUCGUAAGCAAUCGCAGUAGUUCUUUAAAAGUCAACCGUAACCAAAAUUUGGUUUCAAUCACAAAGCACUGAGACGGAGCCAUCUAUAAAAACUGUACAUAGUGAACGGGACUGAGGAAUCCAGAGGCUUAAUUUAUUCUCUUCAUGGCUGUCUAUUUUGUACUGUUCACAGACAUAUUGGCUAUUUCAUGCAUGUGCUGUGAUAUUGGUAAAUUAAGUUAAUAUAAUUUGAGUUUUGAGGUGUUCCAUAACAAUGUACAGAAAAGCACACCCAAAGCUCCUGCCUUGUUGCUAUCACAUUUUUUAAGUAUUAGCUGCAAACGCUUUUGUAUCCUAAUGGACUGAAUGAGACCUGAACAAGGGGUCUGUCUUAUUUAUGGAGGCGAGCUAGUGCUUGUUGGAGACUGGUCGCCAUUGCACGACACUUCAGAGCUUAUACCACUGUUAAAUACUCCCCAUAACGUGUGCAUACUGACCCAGGGGUUAUAGAAACUACAGCUGUCUGUGUCCGGAUAUUACGCCACACACAAAUAGACACACACACACACACACACACGCACACACACUUGACUGUUAAAUUUAUGUGAACACUCUACUGUGAAGCUCGACUGCCACGUCUAUUCAGGAGUCCAAUGAGUGACUUGAGACAAGCCAGGAGGGAACUCCUGAUGCAUUACAUCACAACACGCUGUCAUAGCUCAACAGCCAGAGCCACCCCAGAGCAAAGCCUACAAUUCAGCAAUACACUGUGGGCUGUGCGCUCUUCUCUCACGUUGUCAAAUGUUGCUUUAACGCAAACUGUACAGUGUUGUUUGUUCCUUGCCAAGUCUGCAUUGUCGUAGUGGUUAGAUCCUCACGCCUCACUUGAGUAAAUGUUGUUCACAUACGGUCCUCAUUCACACAUUGAACUCAAGCACUGGUGUGACCGUUAUAAAGGCUGUAGGUAGGGUGUGAAUGUGCAGUGCUGGAAGAGUGCUGGAAGCAUGGUUCUGUAAAAUUUCAAGUGUUUGGGGACUGAAGCAGGGAGCCAGUCACAUAAAAUCACAUCUGAAAUGCCACUACCACAGAGAAUUGAUCGUUUUCAUGAAUUUAGUCUGGAGCCCAGGUUCGGUCAUUUCAUGCAUGUUUGUCCAUGAGCUUGGAAGUGGAACCGUGCAAGAGGGAGCGCUACUGCCCUGGUCUCACUAUACAGGCAAUCAACAGCCUGCAACUUACUGCACGUUGCUUCUUUAUGCAUCAGUGUUGCUUUAAUUUUCCAGAGCAAAGUUUAACCCAGUUAGGUAUUCCUCAAACCUCUGGUUUGAGAAAUUCAGUAUACACUACAAUGCAGUUACUGAAGCCUGUCAAUUUCUCAUUCAAUACUGGCUUCUAAAAUAGUGUACAUUCAAAGUAGUUGAUGCAAUGUGCAUAUGAUGCUAAAUACCUGUAAGUAGUUACUGUCUCAAUAAUUACAGACGUUUUGAUAUUGUCCGUGUAAAGGAACCUUAGCUGUAAUAAAACCAUUUCCCCCAAGUACAGCCGUUAAUGUUGCGAUAUAACUUCAAACCACAUCUAUAGAAGUUUCCUUUUUUUCAUUUGCCAAAAUGUAAGUGUGUAAGGCAAUAUUAAUAGUUUUAUGUGUUUUUGCAUAUUGUAAAAGCAGACAGUCACACUUAACAUAUAUAUUAGUUAUUUUAUCAAGGAUUUAGUUGCUUGUUUGGACUGAGAGUUGAACUCUUUCCAUGUGCGGUCCUCAUAAAGCUAUAUAUUGAUCUGUUUCUGUAAUGUCAGUUAUCCCUGUGGAAUUAUUGCUUCAGUCAAUAUUAAAAGAAAUGUUGCAAAAGCU